ACUGAAAUCAUGAAUCCUGUGUAUAGCCCUGGAUCUUCUGGGGUUCCCUAUGCAAAUGCCAAAGGAAUUGGUUAUCCAGCUGGCUUCCCAAUGGGCUAUGCAGCGGCUGCUCCUGCCUAUUCCCCUAAUAUGUACCCUGGAGCAAAUCCUACCUUCCAAACAGGUUAUACACCAGGAACCCCGUAUAAAGUAUCUUGUUCACCCACUAGUGGAGCAGUGCCCCCAUAUUCUUCGUCACCGAAUCCCUAUCAGACUGCUGUGUACCCAGUUCGAAGUGCCUAUCCACAGCAGAAUCCAUAUGCACAGCAAGGCACUUACUACACACAGCCUUUAUAUGCAGCACCACCCCACGUAAUUCACCACACCACAGUUGUGCAGCCUAACGGCAUGCCAGCGACUAUGUAUCCUGCUCCGAUUCCACCACCGAGAGGAAACGGUGUGACUAUGGGGAUGGUGGCUGGGACUACUAUGGCAAUGUCAGCAGGUACUUUGUUGACAACUCAUUCCCCAACUCCAGUAGCCCCUCAUCCAGUUACUAUGCCCACAUAUCGGGCUCCAGGAACACCAACCUAUAGUUAUGUGCCCCCACAGUGGUGAUCAUCCUGGCAGUCAGUGUUUGAAGAUGGGAGAUAUGCAAUCAAGAAAUUGAGGUUUAAAAGUUGGUGCUGAAGCCCUCAUGCCUCCAACCAGGACUUUUCUUCUGAAUGCUUUCAACACUUGGCUAAACACUACUAAUUCCUGAUCACUGAAGAUUUUCCAGUGCUGCAUAUCUUACAUCUUGGAACUCCAGCAGUUAGUCUUAAAGCAAAUCCUGUUUUGUGGACUGUCUUGCAAUUUUUUAGCUAAUUAUAAUGAUAAAAAGGGAGUAUAAAUUUAUUCUGAUCCAUAUCUAGUUGAAUGCAUGUUAAAACACAAAAACAAAGCUUGCUCAAUCUACCUGCAGUGACUGAUGCAAAAACCAUCAUAUGCAAAUCCAAAGGAACCGAAAAGUGUUUUACAACUUGUAUCACUAAUGCACUGUUGUAAUGUAUGCAGGGUCUUAAAAGGUAGAAUCAUGAAAGUGAGUUUCUUUAUAGAGUACCAUCAUAUACAUUAGAUAAGUGCUUCAACCUUUUUCAGGUUGAUGGAGUUGCCAGUUUAAAAGGGCCAUAUUUUUAUUUAAGUGAUGUAUUCUUUUCAAAUUAAACUACUAAAUUGGAGUGACUGGAAAAUGAGUCAGACAAGCUGUAGAAAUCCUGCACACGAUUAGUUUACUUCAUACCUUUUCAUUUUCAUUAAACAGAUUCAGUGUUAUACAGAUGUUCUUAAGGAUCAGAAUG